AUGAGAUUUUUCUCCGAUUUGAGAGUCUAAAACAGCACUGAGCUGAGUUAAACUAAGUUUGCUAAGUUAGCAUGGAGUUAGAUAGAGUGAAAUUAUCACAAGACAGCGGUGUGAGCUCUGUUGAAAGUGAAUCUGACACUAGUCCAGCUGACAUGGCAGAAAAGUCAACUGAGUCCGAAGAAUCUAAAACUGAGUCUGAGCUUCAGCUUACCAGUGUUGACUCCACAAUCACAAUGACAGCUAAACUGGGAGAUAACGUUGAAGAAGCCGAGCCUCCUUCUGUGCAAAACUGUCGCAAAUUUGAAGUAAAUUAUCUUGGAAGUCUCAUCCUUGAUCGCCGUUACACACACCCAAUGUUGCCGUGGGUCAUGGCGGAGGUGAAACAUCGAAACGACUGCCAGCCUAUCAAACUGGAAGUUUUAACGUUCACGUUGAAAGGCUUUCGAAUGGAUGGCAAUAACGUUUUGUUCGAGCAUAAACUUCAGAGCCUGUCACGAUUUGCACGGACGCAAGCAGAUCCGACAUGUUUUGCCUAUUCGACGAAAACAAGUGCUGCGGCCAACCAUUCUGUGUGUCACGUUUUUCAGGCUGUUGAAGAAGCUCAGGUGCCUGAGCUAUUCAAGGCCAUCAGGGAAGCCACUAAGGAGGCCGGCAAGGAGCAAUGCCCUUCCAACCUAAAAGAGGGCAAGGUCGUCGAAAACAUGGGCGACUUGAUGAAAGCCGGUCACAGUUUCUUUGAGGUUCUUUACACAGGGAAGGUCGCCGUAUCUCAGAAGAAAGCACCAUCAACAUUCAUUGAUGAGUCAGUGGAUAAAUUUCUCAACACGAUUGCAGAGAGCGAUGGGGUUAGCGAGCGAACGCGUCAUAGCAGUGGGACAAGUGUCCGUAGUCUUCCAAUGACCUUAGAGGGAAAUGUCUCUAUCAUGGAGAACGAACUCAAAAAGUGCAACGGUGAUUCUGACAAAUCUGUGAAUUCGAAUAAGAGUUCCGACACGCUAUCUAGCCACAGUGGUGAUAAUAUAGACAGCGCAAACUCAACAGAUAAGGAAAGCAGUACGGAACAGUUAGAACCAAUUCGGCGAAAAUUAUCGGACGAUUUGAAAAUCUCAAAGUUGCGGAUUAACACUACGAAUAAAGAUAAGGAUAGUAAUGAUAAUACGAAAAAUCCUGGAUCUCUUGACGGAGGGCGGUUGCCCGUUCAGAAGGAUAGUGAGAACUUAAUGAAGGAUACAUUGAAUAAAUGUCUGCUGCCGUCGAAUUUGAGCGAUAAUCGUGUGAUGUUGUUACAGAUCGGGAACGAUGAGGUGUGCCUGAUAAGCACCGAUCAGAAAACUGUGAUGUUGAACCGAGGAUUCAAGGAUAUUUCAUUCUGCUCUCAGGGUACUCGUCAUCCGGAGCAUUUUGGUUUCAUAUCUCGUGAACCUGGACCGGCUGCCAAUAGCUUUAACUGUUAUGUGUUCCAAUGUGCCACAGAAGGUGUUGUUGAGGAAAUUAUGCAAGCGCUGAAACAGGCUUUCAAUGCUGCAUUUAAUAAAUGUGCCAAGAACCAUGUUGUGUGUGUACUAUGUCCAAUGCACCAACUCAAUAAACUGUGCCAAGAAAUUGAAGGUGUUCCUGCCAUAAAAGCCACCGAAGUAAUCCAGAAGAGAGUCGAUGCUUUAAGUGAGCAAGAUCAAAGUAUCAUCAAUGCGAUGGUGAAGUCGGAGAAUCCCAUGACCGCACAAGACAUGAACGAGGUACUCAUGAAAGGUUUGAGGAUAGCCUGCGAGAAUCAACAGAGUGAGCACGUCCAUCUCAGCGAUUCAAAACGACUGCAGAAGAAUGAGUUUAAUUUAAAUGAAGCCACCAGAAAAGUAUCCGCGUCAUCCCGCCUGGACAAGGUCAAGCGAUCGCUGACUAAUUCGUUUGAAAACUUGAUAAAGCGUAAAAGUAGUAGGGAGGAGAUGGACACACAGGAGGUUCGUGAACGGUCAAAUAGCGCGGCUGAUGUACUCACUUACCUAACCGAUUCCUCGGCAUCCAACACGCCAGAGCAGUCGCCAUGCCCGUCACCAAUCAAGAAGGAGUUCAGCGACCGUCUGCCAUGGUUAUCGCGGCGAGAAGAACAGCCUCCGCUGAGACGGGCACGGAGUUCUACAGUGGAUAGUACAGGGGAUAGCAACCGUCAUCGGAAGGUGUCCCUCCCACCCAGGGUGGCUGAUCUAAGAAAUCAUAAUACUGAGCAGAGGGUGCCAUCAAAGGGGAUGCCUAAGCUAUCCCCUCGGCAGAGUGCAUUGGAGGGUGCGAGUAUUACUCUGCAGACAUCACCCAGGCACCAGCAGUUGGAAAAGUCUCCCUCCGAUGGCUACGCAACAUCACCGAAAACCCCCCUGAAAAGACGAGGGUCUUGGCGCCAGGCUAUUUUCAUCAGUGUGGUCACGCCAGCUCACACGCCAAAGAAUGCUCCUAUUGAAGAAUCCCCAGAAACUAUUCCAGAGAAUUAUGAAUAUGACAGUUCAACAUCAUCGUCGAGCUUCAAGGAAAGCCCCCGGUCACAUUUCAAGUUUGUGAAGCGCGAUUAUAAAGAAAUGUGGAAGAAGGCCAUCCUUGAGACGCUACUCUUGAUCAGAAUGGAGAAGGAGAACAAGCAUUUACAAGGAUAUUUUGUGAUCUAUGGGUCACGUUCUAUUGUCUUAUUCAAAGCUCGUCAAGAUGAGAUGGAGACGAAACGCAUGAAGCUAGAUUACGAGGAGAUCACACCGUGUCUUAAAGAUGUGACUACAGUCUGGGACGGGAUGAUUCACACCCCGAAUAGAAUCAAUAUUAAGUUCGAUUCAAAUAAACUUCUGGAUGCUGUAAAGCAUGGUGUCCCUCGUUCCCGCCGAGGUGAUGUCUGGAUUCUACUGGUGGAGCAACAUUGCCAUAACUACCCAGGGUUAGGCGACCCAAACUUGGACAGUAACGUUCCCUAUGAGCGCUUGUUGAAGCAGCUCACAACACAUCAACAUGCAAUACUCAUUGAUUUAGGUCGAACAUUUCCCACCCACCCAUAUUUCAACACGCAGCUCGGGGCUGGUCAGCUGGCCCUCUUCAAUCUUCUCAAAGCCUACUCAUUACUAGACAAAGAAGUUGGAUACUGCCAAGGACUCAGUUUUGUCGCUGGAGUUCUCCUCAUGCAUAUGCAAGAGGACAAUGCAUUUGUCGUCCUGAAGUACCUCAUGUUCAAGAUGGGGCUGCGCAGACAGUAUCGACCAGACAUGGUCGCCCUCCAGAUCCAGAUGUACCAGCUGUCCCGCCUCCUCCACGACAACUAUCGGGAUUUGUACGAGCAUUUUGAGGCCAAUGAGAUCGCCCCAACACUCUACGCUGCGCCAUGGUUUCUUACGCUGUUUGCAUCCCAGUAUCCUCUUGGAUUUGUGGCUAGAGUGUUUGAUCUCCUCUUCCUCCAAGGUAUGGAGGUCAUCUUCAAGGUUGCAUUAGUGUUGCUAGGCAACCACAAGGAACUCCUCAUGCAAUGUGACAGCUUUGAAACGAUCGUAGAAUUCUUAAAAACGACGCUGCCAUCGCUUGGUAUCAUUCAAAUGGAACGAGUCAUUAAUCAGGUUUUCCAGUUGGAUAUCUCGAAACAGCUGCAGGCCUACGAGGUUGAGUAUCACGUCCUGCAGGAGGAGAUGAUCACAUCACCGCAGCGAGGCGAAAACGACCAGAUCCAGAAACUAGAAGGGGCAAACCGGAAUCUUAAGCGGCAAAAUAUGGAAUUAUUGGAACAGCUCCAAGCGGCACACGGCACGCAGCAUAGUUUACAAUUAAACACAAAUAACAUGCAGGCAAAUGUAAAUAAGCUAAAAUCGCAUAUUCGAACUUUGGAGAUAGAGCGUGCUGCCCUCCUACAGACUGUGUCUAAACUACGUGAACUCGUCCCUGAAGAGAAAAUUGAGGAUGCAGACAUCGACAUUCCAAAGGUGGCGCCAGCUGUCACGUUUACAGGGUCGCCGAUUCAUAAUCCGCUAGUUUCACGUGUUUCGUCAGACGAAUCCGGAUUGGAGCCGGUAUCCACGAGACGGAGGAAGGGGGUUGGCAAUAGUCCCGAUCGAGAGGUAGCCCACCAUAAUAAACCUGGGCCGAGGUUUAAUAUUGACAAUCAACCGCCGAGGCCUAUGUCGAAUUAGGUCAGAUGGUUCAGUUUGUUUUGAUGAAGGGUACCAACACACUCUCCAAUAACAUGUAGCAUGUAUUAUACACCAUGUACACAGAGACUCAUUUUGGCGGAUUGGUUUUGAUAUUAUGAUUGAAAUAUGGGCGGGGUGAUCGAGUUGCAUGUGCCGUGUUGGAUUCGACAGGAUUUGUCAAUACCUUGAAUAAUGAAUGCGACUAUGUUGUGCAGAUAAGUCUAAAUCAUGUAAACCAGAGAAAUGUUAAAACGGCCAUUUGGUCUUGACAGUUAGCACUGUCUAUGUUUUUGUUUGUUAAUAACAAUCAUGAAUAGAUGAAUGGACUGCGGGUAAAUUGAAGUUACGUGUUUAAAGAAGUUGUUGUAGGCCUAGGGAAAUAUGUGUCGGUUACAGUUUCAUCAGAGACGUUGUCUUUCCAGGUCUGUUGUAUGGUAAUUGUUGUUCAAUCCUGUCAUGAUGGUGUUGAUUGGCGGAGAGAGUCAAUUUUAUGAUUUGUGAGUAAGAUAUGUUUAACAGUAGUGUAUGUAAGAGCCAUAUUGUGACAACUUUUAAAGAUUAUUAUGUUUUCAAAUACCAAAUCCAAAAGGUAGCAUAAAAAAAGGAAGAACUGUUAGAAUUGGUGUUUGUAGUGAUUUCUUCUACCUAAAGUAGUACAGACUGUACUGUUUUGUGAUAACUAAUAUUGGUGCAGACCUUAGACAUAGAUUUUGAUACUUCAUGUCUCCGUGUAUUGCUGUGAUGUAAAAGGUGUGUAAAAGGUCAUGCAGAGGUCACAGAAUGUAAAUAUGUAAAUAUUAUCCAUAUGUGUUAAGUGCUGUGCAAACCAGUGAUUUAGAUCGCUAAAACAUGUAAUUAUAAUCGCUGCUGUGUGCGACCAAAAAAAUCUCUCAGCCGAGGGUAGAACCGGUCACCAAUUCUUGUUGCAGACACCUGCGAUGACCACCGCAAAAGAACGAUUUUUGUUGCAUGCGAUCAUGAGAGCAGAUUGGUAUGUGGGAUGUGGUAUAGUUCAUAUACAUGUUGAGAUCGGGAAUAUGUUAUAUACCUCUCUGUGUAUGCAAUUGCAAAUAAGAUGGCAAUACAUGUAUGUAAAAUGUAUAAAGUUCAGAUGGAAAAGUUAAGUUUAGAUUUUUGUAGUAAACUCCAUAUAGUCUGGCAGUGGAAAAUGAGAAUAUUUGCCAACUUUUAGCAUCUUGAAAAUUUCAUAAUUUAAAAUAGUCUUAUCUGACCCAAAGCUAUUUUACACCUGAUUAAUCGGAAUGCAUUUAGGCAACUCAAUCAAAUUCUCAGAUAUGGAGGCAUUUUUUUCUGAUUAAUUGAAUAGUCAAGUAAUGGAGUUCAAUCUUUUAUGAGGUGUUGUCUUCCGCUUUGUACUGUGUGUUAAAUGAAAUAUUCUUGCUUUUGAUUCUCAAUAAUUUCUUCAGUUCAGUAUAAAAUUAUAACAAAAUGUUCAGAUCAUAUGAACACGAUGCAACAAUCUUUAUAUGUAGACUAAAAUUUGGUUAAUCUUAAACCUUAAGUAGGACAUGUUUUAUUUAACACCCAAUAUAUUUCGAUAGUUUACUGGUAGGUGUGGUAAAAUAUAUUGCAAUGUGUAAUUUAGAAGCAAAUAGGGUCAUUUUAGGCCACAGUAGUUUUAGACCCCUAUGCAUUGAUAUACGCCUUGUGUCCUGCUUUAGACAGCCCAUAAUAACCCUUCUUUUCUUCAUUUGAGGACUGAAUAUGAUGUCCGUGUCUUAAGAUUAAACUGGGCAGAAAGGUUUCAAUUUGGCAUUUUCCCCAAAAAUUUGGGGAUUAGAUGAUGUAAUAAUUUAUCUCAAGUAUGACUUGUUUAUCAAGUUUUCAUUAUGAAUACUUGGUUUAUUUAACUGGCCAGUUGGCGGUGAUUUUUUUGUUUAAACCGUUGAUUAGUGUGUAUAUCGUUAUAAGUAAUCGUUUUAUUGUGACGGUUGAUUAUGUCUAUUAUCACUAAAAACAAAGCUACCUGAAUAGGAAAACGAAAUAACCAAAGAUUUGUGACUGUGUCACCAUCAGUUGAAGGUAGUGGUUCAGUUCUACUGGUAUCUGGGUGAUAUCUGAAGAUUCGAUUCUAAGAACUAUAGUCUACCAAGCUAAAUUCUAGACCCUUGUCUCAUUGGGAGGGAGUCGAGAGUAUAUUGAAUAGAAAAUGCUCAAUAAGGAGUGCUAAACUUGAUUUGUCUGUAUAUUCUGUACAAUCAUGUUAGGUUUUUCUUUUACAAUGAUCACAGCCUGAAUUUAGUAUUAAUGAGGUUUACAGGUAAUCUUUGUUAGGUUUGUCAUGUUAUGACGAAUAUGCUACUAAAGUCAAUGAAGAAUAAACGAAAAUGUGAAAUAAUUUUCUUAAAA